AUGGAAGAUUGCCUGCUGUUCUGUUCUGUUUAUUAAAUAAUCUUUUCUAACGUUACACAAAGAUAGUAUUAGCUGAGAGGUGCUUUGAUAAAUAAAAAGCGCGUAUAGAAAUUGUAUAUUGAAGUCUAGAACCGAUAUUCUCUACAGUGAUCCGGUAAUUUUAAGUCAUGACUAUUGUAUCAGUGUUUACAACUAGAGUGUUAGUUUUCCAUACGGCCGUCGAAAUAAUAUGGCUUAUUAUAAUGCCGGCGGCGAAUUGAAUGCAACUAUUACAACCGAUAUCGUAGACGAGGACGAAAUCGUUGAUGAUCUUUCUAUAGUUCCUUUAGAUAAAGAUAGCUUCGCAAUAUGUGAGUUAUGUGGUCGCAUAGGGCGGCGCAGACAGUUUUAUCCGCGCAACAACAAGUUCUGUUCCCUGCGAUGCCACGCAAGUAGGACAAGACGGAGGCAUUGUAGCUGGAGAUUCAAACUCAUGGAGGGUGCUGAGCACAUGGCGGGGCUCAUCCCCCUGGAGCCUCUGCCCCAGCUGCAGCAGUGGCAUGCUACACUUAAUGACAUUCAGGCUGGUCCUAUUAAGCAGCCAGCAGCACAAGUUGCCAACAGCUAUGAAUGGAAGGAUGAGCUCUUUGGCUGUGACUUCCUUGCAGCGCCAGUCAGCCUGUUCAAACAUGCUCCACUGCAUGAAAUGUGGGAUAACACUUUUGAAGGAAUGAAAGUGGAGGUCAAAAACACAGAUUGUGAUAACUAUUCGGAAAAAAUUAAUGACUUUUUCUGGGUGGCUACUGUAUUGAAAGUUAAAGGUUACAUGGGACUUCUGCGCUAUGAAGGAUUUGGAAGUGAUGAUUCAAAAGACUUUUGGGUGAACCUAUGUUGCUCGGAAGUGCAUCCCGUUGGAUGGUGUGCGACUCGCGGCAAGCCACUCAUACCUCCAAGAAGCAUAGAAGAUAAAUACACUGAUUGGAAAAAAUUCCUGGUAAAACAAUUAACUGGUGCCCGUACAUUGCCAGCUAACUUCUACACCAAACUAAAUGACAGUCUUAAGUCGCGGUUCAGUAUUGGCUCCAUAAUGGAAGUUGUGGACAAAAAUAGGAUAUCACAAGUUAAGGUUGCCAGUGUAGUUGAAAUUAUAGGUAAACGGUUACAUGUGAAAUACUAUGACAGUUCUCCAGAAGAUAAUGGUUUUUGGUGUCACGAGGACUCUCCACUCAUCCAUCCUGUUGGCUGGGCCUUCAGAGUCGGACAUCCGCUGGAUGCCCCCCAAAGUUACUGUCAGAGGGUCGCUACAGGGCGAUUUUUGCCAAAUGAUACGACUGCAGAUAUGUUUUACAAGUACCCUACAAAUGAGCCUCCAUUGUUCGUGGAAGGGAUGAAACUUGAAGCCAUUGAUCCUUUGAAUCUGUCAGCUGUGUGUGCUGCUACGGUUAUGCAAAUUUUGAAUGAAGGAUACAUGAUGAUCCGAAUAGACUGCUACCCAGCUGAUGCGUCGGGUGCGGACUGGUUUUGCUAUCAUCAAAGAUCACCCUGCAUAUUCCCUGUGGGAUUUGCUCUAGCAAACAAUAUACCACUGGUGCCGCCCGCUGGUUACACGGCGGAAGAGUUCAACUGGGAAGAGUACCUGUGCGCGUGCGGCGGUCGAGCUGCGACGCGCGCUCUGUUCGCCGCCCGCGGCCACCUCGUGUCGCACGGCUUCGUGUGCGGCAUGCGGCUAGAGUGCGCCGACCUCAUGGACCCGCGGCUCGUGUGCGUGGCCACCGUGGCGCGGGUCGUUGCCGACCUGCUCAAGGUCCACUUCGACGGGUGGGGCUCGGAGUACGACCAGUGGCUGUGGGCGCACAGCACGGACAUGUACCCGGUGGGCUGGUGCCGCGCCGUGGCGCACCGCCUGGAGGGGCCCAUGCAGCCGCCGCCGCGCCAGGCGCGCAAGCCGCCGCCCAAGAACCACCGCCGCCGCCGCCGACACCACCCACCGAAAGCCCAGCCACAACCGCCAAACAUAACCGAAGACAGCUCCCAAAAUUCCGACAUGGGCGACGCAAAAAGCUUGUCACCCCCCACUAGCGUGUCCGAGAUCUCCGCCGACGUAGAGUCAAGACACGACGACACGGAAUCGAGACCCGACGACACGGACUCGAGGCCUGAUGAGACGGAGGCGAGACCUGAAGAGUCGAGACCUGAUGAGGAAUCGAGACCUGACGAUAUGGAAUCGAGGCCGGACUCGGAGGCGAGAGCGGAGGAUGCCGAGUCGAGACCUGACGAUAAGAUGGAUGUGGAAGAGGCGCCUACCGAGAUUUCGCAUGAGCGGUUGAGCGAUGAGACGAAUCAAGAGUCUAUGAGCAUACCCACGGACGCGUCGCAAGACUCCAGCGUGCACCUGGGCCCCGUGUCGCCCGACACGUCCAGCCAGUCCGCCUCCGACAAGCUCAUCCCGCGGCUGGUGGACGCGGCCGUGCCGCGCGACCAGCUGUCGUCAGUGGAGCCCGAGAACUGGACGCCGGCCGACGUGGCCCGCUUCCUGGCCGUCAACGACUGCCAGCCCUACACCGACAACUUCACCAACGUCACCGGCCCCGUGCUCCUCCAGCUCUCCAAAGACGAGAUCAUAGAACUCCUCGAGAUGAAGGUCGGCCCCUCCCUAAAAAUAUUCGACCUCAUCCAGCAGCUCAAAUGCAAAAUUAAACAACCUCAGUGUAGACUAAACUUCAAGUGAGGCGCGGCUUCGAACCGAGGAUUCGGAGGUGACGGAAAACUGUGGCCUUUAAUGCACUCCCGGGAUGCACUUACAAAUAAUCAUGGCUUUACAAGUGUGUGGUGAAAUGGGUCUCUAUUUGACGCUUUAUAGCGGCAGCGGACUUUGUCAUAUUAUGUCACUUCGCCUUCCUAUUGAAAAGAAGUCCGAAUAGGGCCCUCGCUUAGUAUUUAAUUGUCAUAGGCAGAUGUAUGGUUGCAAAAUGGGAUUAUGGCCAGUGAGGUUCGAGACGCCAUAGGCGGGCCUUUAUUAUCCCUCCUGCACUCAACUCCUGUAAUCAAAUAAGCUGUCGCAAGUUUUAUUGCAUUAUUUAUAGACCGGUCGAUACUGUCAUAGUUCUUGUAGUCUUUAUAUUUCAGAGUUGAAUUCCGGAGGUUAUUGCGGCGUAUUUUAACAUUCACUAUCGAAAUAAACAGCGAAUUUGCCAGUACCGGGCGGUAUACUUUUAUACUUGUAAACCAUAUUUAUUUUAAACAUAAAUCGGUUAUUUUAACUUUUACUUAUUUGAUACGUGUAAAGAAAAGGGGAUAGCAUUGUUAGUUAGCUGAGAUCCGGUCACCAGUAUGUAAACACGAUGAUAUCCUUGCUUGUAAAUCAUAAGUAUUCUACUAGUAUUUUACGGUAAACUACCAUUUGUUGGCGCCCGAAAAAUUGUUAACACCUAGUUUUUACAUAAUUGCCUUGACAUGUGGUUGUUGGUGCCUGUGGCGCUCAAACAAAUAGGUUUACCUUUUAUAGACGAGUAUAGAGGUCAUUUAACGGUGAACGGGAAAAGUUCCAUUUCGGCAUUCAGAAUCAUGGUAAAAAAUGAGAAUUACAUCCCCUUAUAGGCUUAUACGAAUAUUUAGUCAUCUCUUUAGUUCAUUAAUAUGCAUGCCUAAUUAGUUAUUAAUCAAGUAUAUACAUUAUAAAGUGUAUAUAAAUAUGUGAUAAAUCCCAUUUUGCUUAGAAGCAAUAAUAGUUACGGUGCUUAGUGUUAUUCUUAUUAGCUUUGCUAUUUUAGGGGUAGAGGCUUACCUCCUAGGGAAAGUGGGCUGUUUUAGGUGGUGUCUUUAUUUGAACGUAUGUCAGUAAUUGUGUACAGUAAUAUUUUUGUAUGUAGAUUAUGUCUGCCAUAUCAAAAUACUGCCAAUCAACGCAAGGGAUGUAUUAUAUUUCGUGUGAGUGUGUCGAAUAUAAUUUAAAGCUGCGUGUCAGAUCUAAAUUCGGCCUACAAAAAUAUUUACACAAUAUUAGUUACAAUGAAUUACAAGUUGGAAUCACCCCAGUAUCACAGGAAUUUGUCUUGUAUUGAGUUAUAAUUAUUCGAUACUGGUCAAUAGUAACGGAUUUUUUUUAUUGAACGAACCUCACAUAUUUACGAAGUACUAACUAUAUAUAAUCUUAAUCAAAUUACAGAAAAUAGUAUGAAAUACUUUAACUAAUAAAAUACUGUCAUUUAUACCAAUGACUUUUGCAUGUGUAACAUUCGUUUUUACAUAAGGACAGUAUAGACAAAAACUGCUGAUAUUCAGUAUUAAUAUGAGUAGUACAUUCUGCUCAGGCCCACUAAGGUCCUUUUUUGGAAUCUGAUCAUUUUGAAAACUGCCUUAUCGUAAUGAAAUAUCAUAGGAAUUAAACAUUCAACUCUUAGCUCGUGGUCGUCUCUUGCCAAAGUUUUGUUUAAGUCUCCGUGAUUCACAGAUUACUAAAUGUAAAUAAUUCAUGGAUUUUAUAUGUUGUUUACCAGCAUUAUAUUUUGUGUGUCUAAAAAUGGGUUUGAACGAUUUUAAUUAUAAAUAAAAGCAUUUAAUAAA